ACCCGGAAGCGCAGAAGCAGCAAUGCAAACAGUGCAAACAUUUUGAGCAAAGAUUUGUAAACAUUGAACUGCGCAUUUCAGUUUUCUAUAAGAGUUAAACUUAUCAUCAGAAUGAGUUUUGAGGUCUUCUCGUACGAGAGUUUGGUUCACGCCGUGUCAGGUGCAGUGGGGAGUGUAACUGCAAUGACAGUGUUUUUCCCUCUUGAUACUGCACGACUGAGACUUCAAGUGGAUGAAAGUCGAGAGUCCAAAUCUACACCAGCUAUUCUUGCAGAAAUUAUAAAGGAAGAGGGACUAUUGGCUCCUUACAGAGGUUGGUUUCCUGUCAUCUGCAGCUUGUGUUGCUCCAACUUUGUGUACUUCUACUGCUUUCACAGUCUGAAAAGUAGUUUCUUGAAAGGACAACAGUCAACAUCAAGUGCAGACCUUCUUAUAGGCAUGGCUGCUGGUAUCGUCAAUGUUUUAGUAACAACUCCUCUGUGGGUGGUGAACACCAGGCUGAAGCUGCAGGGGUCAAAGUUUCGUAAUGCAGAAAUACAUUCCACAAGCUACUCUGGCAUUUUGGAUGCUUUUAUGCAGAUCAUUCGUGAUGAGGGUGCUGGGGCCCUUUGGAACGGGACCUUCCCAUCUCUGCUGCUUGUGCUCAAUCCUGCCAUCCAGUUCAUGAUUUAUGAAGGCCUGAAAAGACAGCUCAGGAAAGGUGCUCCUAGAGAGCUGACGUCUGUUGAAGUCUUUAUCAUUGGUGCUGUGGCCAAAGCUGUUGCCACCACAGUGACAUACCCACUGCAGACGAUACAGUCAGUCCUUAGAUUUGGCCAGUUUAACAAGUCAACAGAAGAGUCCAAACUUCUGUCAAGUCUUAGAACUAUUAAAUGUCUGCUCAUGAACAGAACGAGGAGGUACGGAGUGUUUGGCCUUUUUAAGGGCCUGGAGGCCAAAUUACUGCAGACAGUUCUGACUGCUGCCCUCAUGUUUCUUCUCUAUGAGAAGAUUGCCAGCUGCACCUUCAGAGCUAUGGGUUUACAAAAUACUCACUACAAGAGACGCUAGAUAAAAACAUCACUGCCCACUGACCACAUGAUACGUUUUAACGAUUAAAAUACCAUAUUAUUUUGUUUUUUGUUACCAAUUGUUGUGUUACUCAUUUCACUUAAAUGUCUUCUAAAGUGAUGAGUAAAAUAGACUACUAUCUAUACUAUCAAUAAAGUUUUUUUUUUUUUUUUUUUUUUUUAUCAAAGUAUGUAUUGCAGGACAAAAACCACUUGUGACUUAUGAAGUAGCUUUUGUAGAACUAUUGUUUUUUUCAAUCAAUUCAAUUAAAUUCAUCUUUAGAAAUGG